ACUCAGUACCGAAUACAUACGGUUUGCUACAGCUUUAAUAUUCUCUAUGGAUAUUGUUUUAAAUAUCAGAAACAUAGAAAUUUGAAAACCCUCAUCCAAGUUAAACGAAAAGAGAAUUAUGUUUUGUGUUAAACAUAUUAUACGCACAAUUCCAACAAGAAAAUUUUUAUUAUAUCAGAAAAGAUACAAGUACUAUUUUGUAACGACACCAAUAUUUUAUGUAAAUGCUUCCCCACACAUUGGACACCUGUACAGUGCGCUCAUAGCGGACGCCAUGCACCGGUACCACAGACUGCUGGGCUGUGAGCAGACACUGUUUGCCACGGGGACAGACGAGCAUGGCACCAAGAUCCAGGAGGCCGCAUCCCGAGCCGGCUGCCACAUCCCGGACUAUUGCGACCAGAUUUCUCGCCAGUACCACGAGCUUUUCCACGCAUUUGAAGUGGAGUAUACUGACUUUGUGCGCACCACACAGCAGAGACACAAAACAGCUGUUCAUCAUUUUUGGGAAACCCUAAGGUCGAGGGGUCACAUAUACAAAGGCACGUACUCGGGCUGGUAUUGCGUGCCUGAGGAGUCGUUCCUGACGGAGGACCAGCUGAAGGAGGCGAGGGGUGACGAUGGGAAGCCGCGGAAGGUUUCGGCAGAGACUGGUCACCCUGUGGAGUGGAUGGAGGAGACCAACUACAUGUUCCGGCUCAGUGCUCUGCAGGGAGAGCUGCUCAGCUGGCUGAAGACAGAGCCGGUGCGGCCCGCCAGGUUCCAGCAGCAGCUGCUGGCCUGGGUGGGGGGCCCCAGCGCUCUGCGCGACGUGUCUGUGUCGCGGCCGUCGUCACGCGUCCACUGGGGCGUGCCCGUGCCCGGGGACCACGGCCAGACCGUGUACGUGUGGCUGGAUGCCCUCGUCAACUACCUCACCGCAGCCGGCUACCCCGGCGAGCCUCUUCCGGGACACUGGCCCCCCUCGCUGCAUGUCAUCGGCAAGGACAUUCUCAAGUUCCAUGGCAUAUACUGGCCAGCGUUCCUGAUAUCGGCGGGGUUGGAGCCACCCCAAGCCAUCCUCUGCCACUCCCACUGGACCGUGGAUGGGGAGAAGAUGUCCAAGUCUCGGGGCAACGUCAUCAACCCACUGGGCUGUGCUGAGGUGUUCACGGCGAGUGGCCUGCGUUACUUCCUGCUGCGCGAAGGCACACCACACAGUGACGCCAACUACAGCGAGACGAAGGUGAUGCGCGUGCUCAACUCAGAGCUGGCGGACACGCUGGGAAACCUGCUGAGCCGCUCGUGUGCGAGGGCCGUGAACCCCGCACAGGUGUUCCCCGGGUACGACACCAGCCUGCUGCCGUCCCUCUGCGGCUCCGAGGGCCAGCAACUCCUCGAGUCUCUCGCCCACUUGCCAGAUGCAGUGGCCAAACACUAUGAGGAGUGCGCAUUCUACAGAGGAGUGGAUGUGAUAAUGGGGACUUUGCGACUCGCCAACCGCCUGUUCGAGGUACAACGGCCUUGGGAGUUGGCAAAAUGUGGUGGUGAUAACGAGCGUCUGCGCUGCACGCUUCAUCUUGCGAUGGAGGCUCUGCGUGUCUGUGGGAUCGCUCUGCAGCCAGUGGCGCCCUCGCUGGCCGGUCGCGUACUCGACAAGUUGGGAGUGCCCGCAGAGCGUCGCUGCUGGGCAGACAUGCAGACCUGCGCUGACCAGGACGCUGCCAUCGGCAAGCAGCAGGUCAUCCUGUACCAGCGUGUCCUGUCCGGCAGAUAGUCAGCUGGGAGUGCUUGCUGAGUGUUGCUCAUAGUGGUCUCAGGGAAUAUCUCAGUCAUAAGAGGUAUGGCCAAGUUGUGGCAAAUGUGGAUACUUAGAACACUUUGCAUCAUGUUCAGGGGUCUUAAUGUUGCAUGGGUUUUCUGCCAUAGCUUGCAAGGCUGUUUAUUGUGCCCAAAGAACACUAUAGCCAAAUUUGGCCUCCACGAAACAUAUUGACACCUGCCCUUAAUAGCAUCGACUGAGUUACAGAAAAAUACAACUGUAUGCAAAA